CCCUCCGUGGGGCGGGCGCCUCCAGGUUAAGAGGUACCCCAUCCUUCCCGACGCGGAGGGGCGGCAGAGGUUGGCCGGUACCCACCCGAGGCGGGUGGGCAGGACCGCGAGAGAUUUGGCCUCUGAGGGGCAGAAGCUGAACGGCCCGGCCUUCGGCGGCACCGGGCCCCGCCUGAUUCCCCGCCCCAGCGACAGGAGGGAGAACGCCGACUCCGCGGCAGUUGAGGGAUGGGGACGCGGAGGCUGGCAAUCCUGCGAGAUCCGCACGGGUAACACGAGGUCGAAAUCAUUGGCAUGUCUUCGCCUUUUCCCGUCGGGUCGGGUCGUGAUGUCGGGUGGAGGCGAGGAAGAGGCAGGGACAACGAUCGGAUUGAGGUUUAGCGCGGCCUUUGUCCCACCCCUCGAGGCCCUCCUCCAGGCGCGCCCCGCUUCCAUCGCUUGCUCUCAGCUGGGCCACUCCCUUGCCGGUCCAAACAGUUGUUUACAACGGAAUCUGGAGGCUGGGAGUGAGUGGCACUGAGUGCCAGAGAAAGUGAUUCCCAGCGUCGGUGGACAGAGCCCCUUUCUUUUGCUGAAAGACCUUUUAUACUGGGGAGUCGCCUGUGUCCACCUUGGGCCCGUCGCGAAGCUCAGAUAGACAGUCUUCACCGCAAGUGCUAGGAUCCUCCUACCGUCGGUUGCCGUUUUGGGGAUAGCGGGAGUUGGUGAUUGUUGAAUGAAUGAGCACACUCUAGUCCUCCUCGUUUUGUGACUGUAGAAGAACUUCUAGAGACAGCAAAAGGAGUCACUAACAUGGUUUUAGCCCAUGAAAUUAUAGUAAAUGGAGACUUCAGGAUUAAACCUAUUGAAUUACCAGAAGACAGUUUGGAGAAGAGAGUAAAGGAGAUUGUACAUAAAGCUUUUUGGGAUUGCUUGAGUGUCCAGCUAAGUGAUGACCCGCCAUCAUAUGACCAUGCCAUUAAACUUGUCGGAGAGAUCAAAGAGACUCUCUUAUCUUUCUUGCUGCCUGGUCACACUAGACUGAGAAACCAGAUUACAGAAGUCUUGGAUCUGGAUCUGAUAAAGCAGCAGGCAGAGAAUGGGGCCCUAGACAUUUCCAAACUGGCAGAAUUCAUCAUUGGCAUGAUGGGGACACUGUGUGCACCUGUUCGAGAUGAGGAAGUGCAGAAACUAAAGAACAUUAAGGAAAUCGUGCCCCUUUUCAGGGCAAUUUUUUCUGUGUUGGACCUAAUGAAAGUCGAUAUGGCGAACUUUUCUGUCAGCAGCAUUAGGCCACAUCUCAUGCAGCAGUCAGUCGAAUAUGAAAGGAAGAAGUUUCAAGAGCUUUUGGAGAAGCAGCCAAAUUCCCUGGACUUUGUCACCCAAUGGUUGGAAGAAGCUGCAGAUGACCUUAUGAAUCAGAAGUAUAAAAAUGCCCUGCCAGCGGGGGGCGGGGCCUCUGGCUCUGAUGAGGGUCCUGUGCCAAAUCCCGUUGCUGUCCAGAAUCAUGCGUACCUGAGGCUCCUGAAAUGGGACCACCUCCAGAGACCUUUCCCUGAGACUGUUUUGAUGGACCAGUCUCGCUUCCAAGAGCUCCAGCUCCAGCUGGAGCAACUGACCAUCCUGGGGGCCGUGUUGCUGAUCACAUUCAGCAUGGCAGCCUCAGGAAUUUCCAGCCAGGCCAACUUUGCUGAGAAACUCAAGAUGAUUGUGAAGAUUCUGCUAACAGAUAUGCAUCUGCCCUCCUUCCGUCUGAAGGAUGCCCUGACCACCAUUGGGGAGAAAGUCUGCCUGGAGGUGAGCAACUGCCUUUCCCAGUGUGGAUUCACCCCCUUUACCAUGGACAAAGAAAUCGUGCUCAAGGGCCAGAUCCAGGCCGUGGCCAGUCCUGACGACCCCAUCCGCAGGAUCAUGGAUUCCCGAAUCCUGACCUUCUUAGAAACCUACCUUGCGUCAGGUCAUCAGAAGCCAUUGCCCGCAGUACCUGGGGGAUUGGGUCCAGUCCAAACAGAACUGGAGGAAGUUGCCGUUAAAUUCGUUCGCCUGGUCAACUAUAACAAGAUGGUCUUCAGUCCCUACUAUGAUGCAAUUCUCAGUAAGACCCUUGUCAGAUCCUAACGUGAUGUUCCCUACAGCAGCACUAUUAUCUACUCAACUCAGAAUACCUGUUCUCAACUAUAACGUUGCUUUGGAAAAUGGCUACAUUUAGUACAUUGGUAUUUAGUAGCAUUGAUUCCAAAAGGAAGAAUAUUGUGUAUCACUGUUGAAAAGACUUGUUGAAAAAUGCACUGAAUUCUCUUUUGAGGGUUUGUAUUUAUGAGUGAAAGUUUACAAAUCAAAGGAGCUUUUUCUUAUCUUGAGUUUUUAAAUGGUUACCUGCCCUGUGUCUCUACCCCCCCACACCCCAUUAUGAUUGUGGCCGCCUUUCCCGGGAGGCUGGGACCUCUCGGCUGCCAUCUGGGUAGUUUUUCUUUCACAUACCCAAGAGUAUCUGACAGUCACCUAGGAGUGGAAGCAACUAAGCCAUGACGGUGUUUAGACUCUUGCCCCUCUCUCGCAGGCUUCCCACCCGUUGUCCCUCCAGGUAUUUUGUGUUAGAAGGGCUUAUACAGUCCUACUGCCUUUCCCGCUGACCCCCCAUUUAUUGCUUCUCCCUGUCUGACCUAGCCAGAGCUCCAGAGCCCUUUUGUUCUAGAGGAGACUUACUUGAUUUUGAGAAGCUUAUUCUUUUACCCAAAAUUACUCCUGAGCCUGGAUGAUAGGAUUAUGAUUUAUGGGAUCUAGAGAAAGGAAAUUCUUUGACUUUUAAGCCUUGAAAGUUAAGGAGGAAAUAUUUAUAUUUUUAAAUAUAUGUUAGUGUACUGUAAAAGGAGAUAAAUGUCAGGAGUUUUUAACUGAAAAAUUCAGUCUGACACAAUGCACAGAUGUUAUUGAUUGGAUUAGAAUUCCAGAAUUAGAGUGAAGUGGUUUCAGAUAAAAUAGUGUACGUUGACGUAUUUCUUUGGUAAGGAAGUCACAGAAAAUCCCUGGGUUUUGAGCAGUAUUUUUCAAGGAACUUCAGUGACCAGAAUUCCUGACGUAGCCUGUGACUGAAAGGGGAGUUUGGGUUUCAUAGAUGACCUGUUCUAUUAAAAAAAUAAAAUGUGUGCAUGUGCAUGUGUGUAUUUCAGACAUUUUAUUAGGAGCAGAGCCAUGCAGUUGUUGGCAGUGAUCUCCGACUGCUGGGACAGCAGGGGGUGAAUAAUGCAAGGAGUCCCUUUAUUAAAGGUGACGAAGGGUGUGGGUGGAGUGAGGGCCAGGGUGUGGGCGGCCAGGGGACACUUACCCUGUAGACCGUCCAGUGAUACCGGGCUUCGGAGGAGUGAAUGGUUGUACUAGGAGAAUAUGAUUUCUCCAGAUACAUGCCACAGGCUUUUUACUUGCCGUCAGAAAUGUAUGCUGCAUUAUGUGGUCAGACGUCAUAUCAUUCAAGUUUAGACUCAAGGAUGUAUCUUCCUUAGUUUCAUUGGAAAGGGACAAAAGUUCAGUAAGUAGAACUUUCAAAAACGAAAUCGUAUCUUUUAUAGUGGAUUCAGUGUGGUCCCUCUUGGAAUGGUUUCCAGAGGUGAGGUUGCGAAUGGCAGCCGUGCUCAUGGGCUGUGUGGUAUCACUUCCCCGGCUGGGAAGCCCGAGGGGGGCAGCACUCAGCACCCCCUCCAAGAAUGAAGGAGGGGAGCUUUACCCCCAAAUACACCAGGUGGAUCACUACUUCCCGCAGUUGUUCUUCCUAAAUCUCCAAUUUCUUCUUUUUGCUUUCUUUCGUAAUUGUUAACUCUCACAAGAUUUUUCUUACCCCCCGCGAGUUCCUAAAUUGACAAAGUUUGGGAGUUUAGAAUCUUAAAUGCAUAUCGUCUAAUGGGGAGUUUCACAGACUCUCAUGACCCCCCUACCUCAGUUUCCACUGGUGGAGUUCUACAAGUGGCAAAAGCCAAGAAUGAAGGAGGCAAAGUUCAGAAUCACAGUAUUCAUAUUGAAUCGUUUCGUUGUUGCUCUUUGAAGAUAAGUGAGCUAAGUUUUCUCCUGGAAUCUCAUGGGAUUAUCACUAAGGGCCAGGAAAAUUCACUUAGUUCAUUUAGUCACUCAGGAAAUGAGUAAGCAUCUACUUGUAACUCCUCCCUACAGCUCUCUAGCUCUCCCUCCAAGACAAAAUAUCCUAUGGCAUAUAAAUUAUCCCUCCAUAUUGAAUUGGUUCUAUAUAUUGCAGACUGAUUAGAUUUGACAUGAUUUCCUGCCUAAUGGGUUUGUGGAAACACGUGUCUUUUAUGAAACUGCUAAGUUUAUUUGGCAGUAGUACUUUACUACAUGUGGAUAGAACUGAGAGCCUUGAGAGUUAGGUCAGUAUCAACAAGUGAUUUAUUUGACAGUCGAAUGAAUGAAUGAAUGUCUAGAGUAGUAACUGCUACUUUGUCAGCUCUCAGUUGGGUGGAUAGAUUAUUAGUCUAGGUGUUUUUGUUUUUAAAUCUCAUUACUUUUAAAGCAAGCUUUACAUGUGAUUGUUUAUAUAACCAUGCAACCCAGCUAUAAAUAUAUUUCAGGUAAGAACCACACUGAUAGGAUGUCUUAUUGGUUAAAUGCAGCAGACAAUAUAGGUAAUAAGAACUUUUUUCUGUGUGAAGAAAGGUUAUUAAGUUUGACAUAAUAGGCAUAUAAGGUGCACCUACUGGCUGAUGAUUGUAAAUGGAUUAUUCAGCAAUUCUGUUUUUGUGGCAGUGCUUAUUUUCAUUUCUCCAAGCCUUAAAAUUCCUGGGAAUAGAAAGGUGUUGCUGCCACCAACUUUCCUGGUGAGUUUCAAAAGAAAUAGGUGUUUGCUGUUUGAUUUCCAGAUUUAUAUGUCUAACAUUUGUGUUUGUUUUCAUUUGGAGGCAGGGUGGGAGAGUGCCGAGAUGGGGAGCUGUCAAGAAACCAGAGUUCUGAUCCCAUUUCUGUUCCAUACUAGCUGAGGCAAAUCAGGACCAUUUCUAACACCUACAAGUGAAAGGACCAGACUUGUCCUGGAAGCUCUUUUCCAGUUCUGACAUUCUGUGAUAAAUCUGACUUCAAUAACUUAAGUGGACUGCAGUAGGAAUGUGCACAAAGCUCCUGAUUUAGAGGAAGAUCUGGGUUUGAGUCUUUCCUGUGUUGCCUUCUUACUAGUUGUACGUUAUGGCCAGUAAGGCAAAAUAUUGGCCUCAAUAUUUUCAUCUGUAAAAAUUGGAACAAUACCAACUCACACUUCCUGUGAGGAUAACAUUUGAUAAUGGAUAUUAGAAUGCUUUGUGCAUGGACUGUAAGUUCCUUUAUUAAUGACAAAGGAGAGCACAUACCUUCUACCUGUAGGUGUACAUCUGUUAUCGUUAACUGUCGGUGCCAACCUCCCUUCACUCAGGCACAUUUUACAGGCCUAUAGUUUCCCUCCUAUCCUGUCCCAAGACUAUUAUUUCCUUUCAUCAUCUCCUACUGGAGCUGCAGUGUUACCGUAUCUCCCAGUGUCCACCUCCACCCCAGUGAUUUCUCCCCGUCUCCACCUCUGUACUAUUGUUUGAACUAAAUGAAUGCAUGAACGAACAAAUGAAUGGAUGACUGAACAGUAAUGGGUGAUGGGCUAUGACACUCAUAUUUAAAGGCAUAAUCUCAUUGAAAACAUACUCUAAAUAAAGAACUACAAUGAUGUUUGCAAAUGCAUUUAAAUUGGAUUCUGUGUUGUGUAACUAUUUUAAUGGAUAGCCUUUUAUUCAUAGUAUUGAAAUCAACUCAGUAGGAUGAGAGAGGGGAAGGCUUUAAGCCCAAUAAGCUUGAUUAGCCUAUCAGAUGUUAACUGAUGCUUUCAGAAAUACCUCAAGUCCUAGAAAAUAAGUGUCAGAAAUCUAAACAGGGCAGAAUUUUACUUAAAACUGCCCCUAGUAUGGGUUUCUGUCAUACCUUAUUAUAUUGCCUUCUGAACCUAAGAACCAGAACUAAUCUAUAGGCCCAGGGUGAUGGAGUGUUUAGUUUUGAAAUCAGAUGUGUCUGGAGUUAGCAGCAAUAGUCAGAUUUCACCAUUGUCAGGUUUGUCAUAUCUGAACAUUGAGAAGCUUUAAGUGCAACUUCUGACUUAAAAGCACCCUUAAAAUGGAAGCAAACUAUUUUUUUUCGUGUUUCUCAUUCAUGUUACCUCUUUUUAUUUAAAAAAAUUUUUUUUAAUUG